CGGUAUUCGCUUCGUUGGUUGCUUUUUGAUCCUCGCUUGUUUGUGUAGUGUUUUUGUGCAAUAAAUAUUUACUGCUUGGAUAGCGAUUUACCACCGGCAAUUAGAAUGAAAUUGUGGCAAAAAUAGCGACUUACAUCGUUCCGUUGCAGUUUACUAGUGUUUUGCCUGGACUAGUGCAUUUUUAACAAUUAAUUCGAAUGACUUCAAUUCGAUCAGCAGCAAGGAACGAACGGGUCAGUAGCAUCCACUUUCUCUGCGUUCGUCGUUGCGGAAUGCGCUAGUGUGCGUUUUGUACAAUCGGUGUGUCGAUUUAAAGGUGCUUUCCCGAAAAAACAACUGUUGGUAGAACGUUCUAUUGUUUUUUUCUGUAAAGAGAUGUUAAAACAAGUGCGGAGAUUCUGAAUAUACGUAAAAAGUAAAGAUAUGAUUUCACAUUAAAACUUGAUCAGCAGUUUUAGUUUGUUGAACCGCAGAUAAUGACAGCUUUCUAUUCGAUCGAUGUGUUUAUGUGUGAGUGGUAAAUGUACGCGUCCAGCGGAAAGGAAUGCAGAUAUUGGGUAGAGAAACAACAUUGAGCAAAAUAACUGAACGGUCGAUGAUCACCCGCGGCAAGAGCAUAGGAGGUAGGAGAUGCAAAUACGCAAACUACGCUGAUUGGUGAAAUGGUUUUGACAUUGUUAUACUUUUCCAAUUUUCCUCGCUUCGGAAGGAACUUCCCAUACAUUCGUUGAAAGCGCUGUUUGAUUUUUGGAGAUUUUAGAUUUCCUUUGAUUGCUGGCAGAAUAUUGAACCAUGCACGGUCAUCGGAGGCGAAAGAAGAGGCCAAACUAUGGCAUCCGUUCGGUGGAGGUGAACAGAGGUCUUAACGGGUUUGGAUUUACGAUUUCCGGCCAGCAGCCAUGCAUACUGUCCUGUAUUGUGGCGAACUCCCCAGCCGAUCAGGCUGGACUGCGAGCUGGCGAUUUUCUGAUUUCAGUGAAUGGUAUGAACGUGUCAAGGUUGCCUCAUGAAGCUGUUGUGCAGCUGAUAGGAAACACCUACGGAGCGAUUAAAAUGGCCAUUGCGGAGAAUUACUAUUCGGAUAGCUCUGACGAGGACAUUUUAUUCCAGGGCAGUCAACAGCGGGCGAGACCAAAGUAUCCCCAUAAAACUAAAUGCAAUCGUUCGACGGUUAUGGGGAAGCAACCAAACAGUCUGGGUAAUAUGGUAACUUCGGCACCUGCAGAUUUAGUCGGAACAUGCGAAGAAGCCGCAUCAAUGGUUGUGAACGAUUCACCAACGGCGUACAAUGUUAUCUUGAGCCCAAAUGCCAGUAGCAGCUGUGAUAUCUCCAACGUCAGUGCGAUGGUGCGAUUAGUUCAACUUGGCCAGGAACAGAAUAAUGUCCAAGCAGGUCCAUCGCAGAUUCAGUCGACAAGGCAUGAUAUAUCACUGGAAUAUAAGGCAGUCGUUGGUUAUCUCGGUACAAUUGAAAUGCCUAAGCAAAUUGCCACCAGUUCCAAAUUGCAAACCGUCCGAAGUUGUAUCCGAAAGAUGCGACAAGAAAAACGCAAUCCCACAACUGUUCUAAUGACUAUACUUCCGUCCUGUUUAAACCUCAUCAACACAAGCAAUGCCAUUAUAGCAAAAUACUCAUCAGUUAGGUUGAGUUACGUGAGCAGUAGUAGCGAGAAUGAUAAUCGAUAUUUCGGUCUAGUCACAUCGGCUAUCUACGCCGAUGGCCUCAUGUGUGAGAACUCUGACAUUCUAAAUCAACGGAAGGACGUUGUGAUUUCGAACAGCUGUCAUGUUUUUGUUAUAGACUCGAAACUUAUUGAACACACGGUACAUUUCGAAAAAGCUGAAUUGUUGAAAAUCAUUUGCACCAAGGAUCCGAUCACUAAUCUCUGUCUGGAAUUUCCAGGUAGCUCGGAGUAUGUAGUUAAUUUAAUUCGAAGUAUGUAUAACCUGAAGGCUCCGAUCAAACCUGAAUGCUCAGCAGCGGGCAAACCACCUGUAGCUCGAAGUUUAAAUAUGGAUCAUGCCGUUCGCGUUUAUCCGAGAGUUCUGAAUGAUCCACGACUCAACCCGAGAGCGAUGGAAGAUCCUCACGAUAUGCUGGCCUCCAACUCUCCCCAGCCUAGCAAUCACAGCGAGAUAACGACUACUUCUAGUAACUCGGACUCGGGAAUUGGUUUUCAUAACGACUGCCGAAAUAUUUCGGAUCGCAUUUUGGUGGUUGACUUCCCUGGAAUACCCAAUCAGCAAAUUGGGAACGUUCGUGCUCACUUUCGGAAGUCACAUCCGUUUGGACUGCCUGGAAGACCGAUGGGGAUUAUAAAUGGUCUACCACCGAAGCUAGACCCUAUUAGGAACAUACGAUCGACACCCCACUCAGAAGCUAUUCCGCAAAUUUACCAUGGGAAAUCCAAAUCUGCCGACUAUAGCUAUUCGUUGACUGGUGGAAUUGAUCGAUUGACGGUUCGGGCACGUCCGGAUCCGAAAGCUUUCGUUUCUGACCGUUCUCCUUGUAAAGAAAACGCCUUGAACAAUCUGAACGCUCAGCCUUCACUGAAAUAUGAACAAAUAUACCCAGAUCUUUCCGAUUGUCAGCAAACAGACAGUAACUGGGUCACCGGUAAAACAGUAGACGACCACGGAAACGUUGUCCAAGAACGCCCCGUUGACGUGCCAAAGUUAGAGGAAGUGUUUAACGAUCUGGAACGAUACAACAGUGAGAACGUUAAGAAUAGCCUUCUGGCUUCUCGUUCGUGUGACGAUAUGAUUUUAUCGUUAGAAAAGGAAAGUUUUGAACCGAAAGUGCAGCUAUCGGUGGGUGAUUUGACCUUGAUGGAGAAACAGCCCCCGAUUGAAAAGGAACAUGUCUUCCUACAACCGACAAAACCGGUCAAACGGUCUAAAAAAGCUUGCACGCACCGCAGUAGCGGUAAGCAGAGUUGCACCGGAGCGGAUGACACGUCCGUGGAAUCCUCCUCCAAUCGAUCUUCACAACACGGAGGUGACAAACUGCUGUCGUACAAACUAAGUCCAAAGGUGUUCGGUUUGGCUCGGCCGAUGUCACUGAGCGUUGAAAAUAUUUCCAGCGUUUCAACCGGUGUCGGUGGGUUUGACAGUGAGAAAUCGCGGAAAGAAGAAACAGAGGAACUGCACUGCGAACGACGAAGUCGACCGGUGAAAAGGCUCAGUGGUGGGUUUUCCGCAAUUUGGGGUAGUUUGCAGGAAUUGAGAAGUGGUCAUGGGAAGCACGAUGAUACGGUAGCGGGUAUUGAGCGUAACGCCAAAGCAGCCAGGAAGCAGCACGAGCGACGUUUGAGUGGACUGAAACUGAUAGAAGGGACCUACAGUGAGCCGGAUCUACGGUAUGAUGAGGGCAAACAAAUCAACCACAAUGCAUCACCAUUCCGGCGUUGGGGACAAUCAUCGUUGCGGUCACGAUCAGGUGAUCAACGCACGCCCGGAUCGGCCCAUCGGAGGCCUUCGUCGUUGGCGGCAUCAGAGUCGGAUGUCUACACGAAGUCCAUCGACGAUGAUUACAGUUCCACAAAGAGCGGUUAUAAUCCGUAUGCAGAUGCCGCCAGUACGGCAACAACGGAUUCGGCACAGACCAGUGUGGGCGGCACGGGUGGAUCUACCGGUCCAACAGGUGUGGCAUCAUGGGGAACCACUUUCGAGAAAUUGCUUGAGGAUGCGGCAGGACUGCAUACUUUUUCCGAAUUUCUCAAAAAAGAGUUUUCGGCAGAAAACAUUUACUUCUGGACGGCUUGCGAGCGGUACCGACAGUUGGCCGAUCGAGACGAGCGCGCUAAGGAAGCACAAGCUAUCUUUGCUAAACAUUUAGAGUCUGGUUGCUGUGAACCGGUCAACGUAGAUUCGAUAGCGAGAAACAUUGCUCAGGAAAAUCUACCCCAAGCAGAGCAAACGUUAUUUGCAGCCGCUCAAAAACAAAUUUUCAACCUGAUGAAGUUUGAUAGCUACCAGCGAUUUAUCAAAUCAGACAUGUACCGAACUUGUCAAGAUGCGGAAGCCAAAGGGCACCCGUUGCCCUACCCGGGCGAACAGCUCGAUCCGAUGCUGAGGACCAGUUUCGUAGUGCAGGCAGCGAGCAAGCUAAAAAAAUCGCUUAGCAAUGCGGAGGAUCGCAGGAGAAAAUCACUGCUUCCUUGGCAUCGCAAGACGAGGUGUAAAUCCAAGGAUCGCGGUGAUUCAGAGUUGAAGAAAGAGAGCGGGAAGUCGUCGUUAUCGAAUGGAGGUGGGACCGGCGGUAGCAGUAAUACCUUGAAAGUGCUUUCAACGAAUUCCGCUAGUGAUAUCCAUAGUUCUAGAAGUUCCUUAGCAAGUUUUGAUGCCGCAAUCGGUAAGUCAUAUGACCUGGAUGAUAAUCGUAAUACUCUCUGCCGAGUGAUACUAUCCAACGGAGCAACGACGGUGGUUCAGACUCGCUCAAAUGAAACGAUCAAGGAACUGGUUGAACGCUUGCUUGAAAAGCGUGGCAUAGUGUAUAAUGCGUAUGAAGCGUUUCUUGCAGGAAACCAUAAACCACUCGAUCUUGACGGUCCGUCAUCUAGUCUCGCCGGAAGGGAGGUGAACAUUGAUCAGCGAGUAGUUUUUAAGCUAAGUUUGCCCAAUAGGAAAAUGAUUUCGGUUAAAAGUAAAGCCACGAAACCGCUCGGCGAUGUGUUGAGGCCAAUUCUGCUGAAAUACAACUAUGAGUUGGAUCAAAUGAAUGUAUACUCGAAAGAUGCCUAUCUCGAUAUGUCAUAUCCAGUUACCAGUGUAGAUGGAUUGUGGCUGCAGGUUCGCAAUGGAAAUGAGAAUGAAUUCCAUCAGGACUUAACGCGAACGAUUGCUUCUCGCUCUGAGCGAUCGCAAUCAAAUCAGGCACCACCACUUCCGAUUAUAGCUACAUCCCAGCAUCAGCAGAUCAUCAAUCAUUUUCAGCAGCAACUGCACUAUCAGCAGGCGCAGUCCCAACCACUAAGUUUUGCAGUACCUGCUGCUGUAAACAAUAUAUCGAAAAAACAAGCCCCACCAGUAUACAACUCCCAGUCCCACAGCAAUCAUAACAAUAUCAAUAACAACAACAACAAUCAGCUGAUGAAAAGCAAAGAAGAGCUGAGAGAGGAUAACAAGCAAGAACUGAACAUGCUGGAUGAGAUUACAAACAAAGUAUUUAACGAACUGAUGAACGGAAAGAUCGCCAACGGUAAGAUACCUGAGGAUUGUACUUCCGAUAGUUCUUCCACUCGGCGGGAUCGAUUUCGUCGGCGUGGUUCAAACGCACCAUCCGAGAGCGGCCGGGGAGCGAAAAGCAAAAAAUGUUCCACCGGUGGUUCUGAGGAUGGAGGGGACAGUGUAAAUAAUGGCGCAGCCAGCAAGAAGCCGAUCAUAGCGAAAUUGAAAGCAGGCGUUAAACUGCAAAUGCCAACACGAUCGCAGAAUGAUGAACUUCUGGAGGGACUAAAACGUGCUCAGCGAUCGCGACUGGAAGACCAGCGGGGUACCGAAAUCAACUUCGAAUUGCCGGACUUUCUAAAAGAUAAGGAAAAUUUCACUAGUGGUAGCGGUGGUACCUGUACUGGUAAUACAGCGUCAUCUACAGGAGCAGCUUUAUCCGCUAAAUUUGCCCGCAAAUUAGGCAAGCGGUCCGACUAUAUGACGAGCUCUUCUCUGGAGUUUCCGCUGAGUGCAAGCACAACCGGUGGUUCUCUGCAGCAAAUAAACAAACCACUUCCGGCGCCACGAUUAUCGAUUGCUAGCUCAAGGAGUUUAGCGACUGGCGGAAAUGGUAGCCCGACAUCUCCGUGUGGGCCCGUUCAUUCGGCGUCGAGCGAGAGUAAUUUGAACAAUCUCUCGAUCCGAUGCAAUCCUUCGCCGUUGACGCUGGAUGACAACGGGAAUGGUUCUCAGUCAGAAAACAGCUACGCAGAUAACGCGCUGGCUUUCACUCAAGGCACGGCUUCGCCUAAUUUAUCACCAUCAUCCCACACGAUUCAUCAGGCAACUAAUUUUCACCUGCCAUCUUUGUCCAACCAUGGAGAUUUAGCUCAUGACUCGGCUGCCAUCUCAGGAACUCACUCUGGCAAAGAUUGCUGCACCGAUGGCAAUAGCCAUCAUCGCCAUCACCAUCAUCACCACCAUCACACCGCUCCCACCUCGGGCAGUCACCACCACCACCAUCACCACCAUCAUCACCAUCAUAAUUUCUCGGCGAGUACCACGAGCGAGAGCGGAAGUAGCAGCAGUGGCAGCAGCUCUAGUGGCAGUAGCAGUAGUAGUAGCAGCGACGGAGACCAUCAGAAAGGUCCACCGCCGUUACCGCCAAAGCCGAAGAUUCUUCCCAUUAAGCCGUCCAACUGGGGUCAUACGACGGCUGCUUCAUCCCUAGGUAGCAGUAGUAGUGGUAGUAAUCAUAUGAGCACCAGCCUCUGCAAUCUUUCCUCCACCGCAUCCAAUGGGAACAGCGGAGUACAUGGUGGUAGUCAAAAGGGUUUUAGUGGCAGCACCAAUAAUCACAAUAGUAAUAAAGAAAGGCGAUUAUCUGGCCAGCCCCAGGAGCAGCACACCCAGAAGCAGUCGCAACAGCAAACCGCGAGAAGUGUAUAUUUGGAUCACGCUAGUAGCAGCUUUGUAUAAGAUUUUUAAAACCUUAGAGCAAUUUUAGUUAAUAGGCUGAAAAAAACUUUCAUAGAUUUUUUAUCCCGAAUAUCGCUUGUAAAGUGAUUUUUCACUUGUGUGUGUGAAUUAUUUCUUCAUUACUUGGAUUUAUUUAUUUCGCUGUCGACUGUGUAAUGUAUUAUGUUACAGCUUUGGUAAUUAAUGUAAGAAAAAAUUAUAUUCACAAUAUAGGCUUUUCUAAAAUAA